CCCGUCACAGCUACAUCAUCGCAUCCCCACACUACACACACACUGACACUCCCUGGCUUCCGCCAUCCCACUCGUUGGCCCCACCUCGCUUGAGGUGUGCCAUCAGCAGUUGAGGAGGCAGUCAUCCUCACAUAUCUCCCUCUCUUCGCUGUCUUCCUCAUACAAGAGCUCGCAAUCCUCGUAGCAGCAGCACUCUCUAUCCGGAUCAUCGAAACAGUCCUGCACACGACAAGGUGAUGGACACGCUCAACCCAUGGCGCUCAAUUGACGAAAAUCCUCUUCUGUGAGCGUCCUUACAACUUGCUCCGGCGAAGCUCUUCCAAGCGCAGGGGGCACGUGUGCUGCCAGGAGAGCCACAAGGGCAACGACGAACCACAGGAACCUCAUACUUGUGAAGUGACAGCCAGCCACCAGAUGCACACUGUAGA